CAUCGCUAAUUCGUUCUCCCUGCUUGCUAUAUUGGCACGUGGUCUUUAUUAUUGCCCAGUGCAACUGUGAUUUUGGACCUGUUAUUUUUUUUAGCCUUUUUUUUUUCUCCGCCAUUCCCUCUUAUACUGUCCCAGCGUUGAUCAGCCUUGCACGCAACCAGUCUGGAUUCCCUCGAAGGAUCGCCCAGCGAAAUCGGAGGCAAGGGUGUGCAGGGCAACAAUCUGGACCCAAGCGCAAGGAAGAAUGCUUCGGCUGCCUCCAGCCCCGUAAUGGGAGGUGCCGACCAUCCAUCUGUCUCACCUGCUGUCGGGUCCGAUGGCGGGGGACCUGUCAGGAAACGUACUGUUGCUGCCGCGGGCUUGGACAGCUCGCCCGCCGCCAGCAUCGACGAGGUGGAAGACCUCGACGCCCGUGAUGAGAAGAAGCGACAGCCUGUCAAGCGGGCUUGCAAUGAGUGUCGCCAGCAGAAGCUCCGAUGCGAUGUAAUCCAAGAUCCGUGGAGCGACUGCUCCCGAUGCCGUCGCCUGAAACUGGAUUGCAAGAUCGAAUCCAAUUUCAAACGUGUCGGGAAGCGCAGUCGCAACGCGGAGAUGGAGCGUGAGAUCAUCGAGCUCCGGAAGCAGAUCGCGACUGUGCAGGCGACUGGGAGCACGCCACAGCAGACCCCGACAUCCUUGCCCACGGUGCAAACUCCGAAACAAGAGACUCCCAGCCAGGUGGGCUCGGCUGGUGUCUACCACACGCCGUCAGCCAUGUCUACUGACCAGUACAUGGGCUCGCACGAAGCUGUCGCAUCCCUGCUGGACUUGCGAUCGGGCUUCGAUGGCAGUGGCUACAUGCGAAAUGGCACUCAUCAUUUUAAGAGGAUUGAGGAUGUGGCUGUGGUUCCGGAGAGAGUGACAGAGCUGUUCAAUCUUUUUUUCACAUUCUAUCACCCGUUUCUUCCGUUCCUCAGUCGGGAGCAGUCGCCAGAUGAAUACUAUUCUGCAUCGCCUCUACUUUUCUGGACAAUCAUCAGUGUCGGCGCCCGACGGUAUCAAUCGGACACCCAUCUCCUCAAUUCUCUGGCUGGCCCGGUGACACGGCUGGUAUGGAGUACGCUAGCGGACAUCCCACAGAGCUACCAUGUAGUCAAAGCAUUGUGCUUGCUAUGCACGUGGCCAUUCCCUACGAGCAGCACCUCCACAGAUCCUACAUUCAUGCUGUGCGGAAUGAUGGUGCAGGUUGCCAUGCAGCUUGGUCUGCAUCGACCGUCACACACACAGGAUUUCAGCAAGUUUCGGGUGGAGCUCAUCGAAGAGGAGCUUCGAGAUAAGGUCCGAACCUGGGCGGUUUGCAACAUAGUCGCGCAGAGAGUUGCUACUGGCUACGGUCAACCGCCAUCAACCCUAUAUGAUUGGACACUGUCUUCGAACGAGUCCAUGGAUCCCAACUUCAAGUUGCCGGAGGACAUGAAACCCCGACUGGAGAUCGAAAAGUUCUGCGACAAGAUCACCAGGUCACUUUACAAAAAUCGCCGGGACCCUGUCGGGCUUUGCAGUGAUAAGGAGAGAUCGGCGUUGAUCUCAUUUCUUUCUCGGGACUUUGACGAGUUGGAAAGCCAACUUAAGCCGCAAAGAGACUGUAUCACUGAUCUGUUCCUGCGUGCAUCGAACCUCCAUCUCCACCUGUCGGCUUUCUUCGACGAUACUACGGCCAAGAAUUACCGAGAACGCCUUCUCUCGCUCUACGUUGCCGCCACUACUUUCCUAGAGGCAGCAAUGACGUUGGAGACUGAAGUUGGGCCCGUGCUCUCCUACACCCCGUACUAUGUGUAUCAGAUGAUGGUUGCGGGAGGUUGCACUCUAUUGAAACUCUGCAAGAGCUUCUUUGCGGCCCAUAUCGACAUGGAUUAUGCCAAGAACCUCUUCAACCGGACCAUUUGGGCCAUUCGAGGGGUAUCGGUGUCCAGCAACGAUCUCCCCGAGCGACUGGCGGAAGUCCUGGCGCAGAUGUGGCGGCUGGGAAAUGCGCCGACGCCCAAGUUCGGGCCUGACGGCAGUGAGAUCGACGACUCCCUGAUGUUGAAGGUACGAUGCCGGAUGAGCAUGUCUCUCCUGUUCGACUCUGUGUGGCGGUGGCGAGAAGAUGCGCGGACCAAGGGGCGUAAUAUCGAAGCGUGCCUCAAAAACCCGACCAACCCAGAUUCCAACGCCGAAUCGUCGGCCUCGUCAACCGGACCGACGCGCACCUCGACGGCGACGCCCGGGGUGGGCGGUGCGGAUCCCAGUCUGGCGCCUGCGCCUUUGCUCCCGCAGACGGGCAUCAGCGUGCCGCCCAGCGGGGCAGUGGGGGCAUUGCCCAGCGGAUUCAUCGAGCCGAACUAUGAAGUUUUCGAUCCAUUGAACUGGCUUCUGGAUGGAUUGGUCGACCUGCCAUAUUCCUAUUCCACGAUAUCCGGGAUGGAGUCGCAAGGGAUGGCCUAGUGUAUGGGUGUUGGUGCUACAAUUUUAUGACCUUUUCUUUUUCAUGUGUACCAUAAUUAGCGGGAUGACGAUGACAAGGUUGUCUACUGAGACAAAGUUCGAUGGCGUUGCCGUUGUUGCUGCUUCUUGAAUCAAGAGAUACCUGUUUUUACAACGAUGAACGCAUUCAUUGAUGCUUGAUUUGACGGGCAAUGAGGGGUUGCUGUAUAUAUUAUCGUCGGACAAUAUGCCAGUUUCC